CACAAAAAGUCCACCAUAGGGAAAAGAUGGCAGGGGUUAAGGCGGCCACGCAAGCGGGAGUCAAGAGGAAAAGGGAAUCUGGGAAAGAAGAACGGAGCAAAAGCAAAGUCAAGGCCCGCCGCCAGUCUUCGAGCGACGAAGUAGACGACCCUCAAGCGACAAUAUUGCAACUGGAAGCGCAAAUCGUCGAAUCUCGCCGCCACUACAACAAUAUUGUCACCCUUAUUCAGCUCGCGCGAAAGCAUGAGACCGAAAAUGACAGCGCUGUUCUCGCUGCCGUUGCGCUAUGCCGCGUAUUCUCACGAUUGCUCUCUGCAGGAGACAUGGUUAAGAGCAAAGGAAUGCCAGAGUCAGAGGUUGUCAUUGUACAGUGGCUGAAAGAGCGUUAUCGAGAAUAUCAGGAGAUGCUUCUUGGAGAUUAUUUGCGCAGUGAUAACCCACCUACCCAGUCGGUGGGCUUGACACUGCUCAUGCGCCUGGUUAAGGAGGAAUCGAAAGGGCAGAGAGAGUACAACUGGAAACAUGGCCACCUUCCUAGGCUGGUAGAGAUGCUUUUGCACCUGCCUGAACAAGGAGGCGUACUGGACGAGUUCGCGGAGAAGUACUUCAGGCCCUUCGAUGACGUCCGUUUCUACACCUUCCAGACUGUAACGAACGUCCUUGAUGGCGACCUUACGGAGACCUCCAAGCAGCUUGUUUCCUCGAACAGCUUGUCCCUCUUGAUGUCGCUGGAUCAGGUCCCGACCUCGAAAGAUGAUGUACAGAACUUCUUGACGGAGCCAUCCAAUGAAGGCAAAAGUCCAGUGCCGUCCCUGUCCGCUUACAAGUCCCGAGCACAAGAAGCAUGGCUUGCUACCCUCCGCGGCGGAAUAAAUAAGGAACAACGGAAGGCUAUACUCAGGGUCUUUUCCCAUCAGAUCGCGCCCUGGUUCCCGCAGCCUGAAAUGCUCAUGGACUUCCUUACCGAUUCCUACGAUGUCGGGGGAGCCACGUCACUACUCGCCCUCUCAGGCCUCUACUACCUGAUUUCUGAGAAGAACUUGGAUUACCCGUCGUUUUACACGAAGCUUUACUCUCUACUGGAUGAUGGCUUGUUACAUUCAAAACACAGGUCAAGAUUUUUCAGGCUUUUGGAUACCUUCAUGUCCUCCACACAUUUGCCGGCCGCUCUUGUUGCCAGUUUUAUUAAGCGGUUGUCGAGGCUAGCGCUCAAUGCACCACCGGCAGGAAUCGUUGCUGUUGUACCGUGGAUAUAUAACAUGUUCAUGCGGCAUCCUGCAUGCACUUUCAUGAUGCACAGGGAGACGCGAGAUCCCACCUUGAAGAAGAAGCUCGAAGAGGAAGGCAUGGACGACCCCUUCGAUAUGGAUGAAAAAGAUCCCAUGUUUACAGGCGCAAUUGACAGCAGUAUUUGGGAGAUUGAAACAUUGCAAUCGCAUUAUCAUCCGAACGUAGCCACUCUGGCAGGAAUCAUUUCGGAGCAGUUCACAAAGCGGUCAUACAAUCUGGAGGACUUUCUUGACCAGUCUUACAAUGCUCUGCUUGAUGCUGAGCUGAACAGAGAGCUGAAAAAGGAGCCCGUCAUCGAGUUCGAGAUACCAAAGCGCAUCUUCAGUGCAGAAGAGUCUGGUUUGGGGAAUCUUGGGCAGCUGAUGACCCAAGUGAUAGAGUCAGGGUUGACUUAGUCUUAGAUGUAAAUAUACCCCGUUGUCGCCUUCCGUAUCCGUUCG